CUCCCUUAAACUACCAAAAAUGGAGGAACGUUCCAGCCUUCACUAUUGAUACAAGUAAUAGUUGUCGUCUAUUCCCGAUUCCCUGGUUGAACUGCCUUUCCUCUACCACUUCCAUCUGCACGGGUUACAACCCUUACUGGACGAAUCACACCCAUUAUAGACCCGGUCUCGUCGAAGUUGUUAAGUUCGCAGUCCAAAACACUGCUCUUUGCCCUCACAUUUUCCAUUAGUCAAAAUCACGCGCCAAUUAGCUCGGGAUCUUCGCACAAGGCCCUUUGAAAAUCGUAAGCGCG